AUGAGUAACACUGGGCCAAAUACGACUCUUAAGCACGAGGUCUCCUAUUGCCUGCCCCUCCUCCUCCUCCUUCUCCUCCUUCUCCUCCACCUCUUUAUCUCCCCUCCACCCACACAGGCGAACAUAGCGACGCGCACAAUCGAUUUGCGGCCACGCGAAUAUUCAUGGCCAAUAGCUGUGGAGCAUGACACGCGUCAGCCAAUCGGAUCUCUGAGCUGUGCUCAGAAAAGCGUGAGCCGUGCUACGAAUAAUCGCAACACAUUCACACGAUUACAAAAACACGCCUCUAUUCGGCCUGGGUCGUCUUCGGGUGAAGUAUUGCCCAAAGCUUUCAAAAAAAACCACAAUAACGUCUUCGAGCGUCCUGGCGCCUGUGUAUCCAUCAUUAUGGCCGUAAGCUACACCGCCAACAUCCCUGACAACUUCGCCAACCACCUCUUACAAGAUAACUAUGAGUACAAGGUCUGUUACUCUCUCGUCUCUACCAUGACACCUUGGAAAUUCUUCCAUUGCAUUUAA